UUUUAUAUCAUUUCAAACGAAAUAAAUUAAUAAUAUAUGCUCAGUCCGAGUAUUUGGGCACUGAUUUCAAAUAGAAAUGACGGUAGUAGCUCUGUUCGUCUCGGCGACGAAGCUCGCCGGACUGCUGGUUACUGUCACAGUUGCUGCCAAUGCUUUCUCUUUCUCACGUUUCUGGAAGAAGAAUCUGCGGCCGUUCCAAUCGCCGAUCGAUGAGUCCGACGAGACUCUUGCCGACUUCAAUCUCGGCGAAGGAGAAGAUGAGUUUUUCUUCGGGUUGGCAACAGCUCCAGCACACGUUGAAGACAGGCUAAAUGAUGCUUGGCUCCAGUUUGCAGAAGAAGAUCCUGAUGACAAAUCAGAGUCACAGGGGGAACUGCAAACCACAGAUGCUAUAACGGGUUCUGCUACUGGUGAUGGUGGAUCUCAGCCAGUUUCCUUAUCAGGAAAAGCUACGAAAACAGAUACAAAAAGGAAGCCUCUUAAGAUAGCUAUGGAAGCCAUGAUUAGAGGGUAUGAGAAGUAUAUUGAAGGAGACGGAGGAGAAGAAGAAGUAGAAAAACCUGUCCCAGACGAAGAUUGCCAUCAUAACGUAGCUGCAUGGCACAACGUUCCGCACCCAGCAGAGAGGCUAAGGUUUUGGUCUGAUCCUGAUACAGAACUGAAACUGGCUAAAGAUACUGGCAUCAGUGUCUUCCGAAUGGGAAUAGAUUGGUCGCGAAUUAUGCCAGAAGAGCCGCUCAAUGGGCUAAAGGAAAGUGUUAAUUAUGCAGCAUUGGAGCGAUAUAAGUGGAUCAUCAACAGGGUUCAUUCAUAUGGAAUGAAGGUGAUGUUGACUCUGUUCCAUCACUCAUUGCCACCAUGGGCUGGCGAGUAUGGAGGGUGGAAAAUGGAAAAAACGGCUGAUUAUUUCAUGGAUUUUACAAAGCUUGUUGCUGACAGUGUAUCAGAUAUGAUAGACUAUUGGGUAACAUUUAAUGAGCCUCAUGUCUUCUGCAUGCUUACUUAUUGUGCGGGUGCUUGGCCUGGUGGUCAUCCUGACAUGCUGGAGGUUGCCACUUCUGCUCUACCAACUGGUGUUUUCCAACAGGCCAUGCAUUGGAUGGCCAUUGCACACACAAAAGCCUAUGAAUAUAUCCAUGAACAAAGUUCCUCAUCAAGACCAAUAGUUGGAGUGGCACACCAUGUCUCAUUUAUGCGACCGUAUGGUCUCUUUGAUGUUGCUGCUGUUUCACUGGCUAACUCCUUGACUCUGUACUCAUAUGUGGAUAGUAUUUCUGACAAGCUGGAUUUUAUAGGCAUAAACUACUACGGACAGGAAGUGGUGUGUGGUGCUGGACUGAAGCAAGUAGAGACUGAUGAGUAUAGUGAAUCUGGACGUGGGGUAUAUCCAGAUGGCUUGUACCGCGUGCUGCUUCAGUUCCAUGAAAGAUAUAAACAUCUAAAUGUACCCUUCAUGAUUACUGAAAAUGGGGUAUCUGAUGAGACUGAUUUGAUCCGUCGGCCAUAUCUGCUAGAGCAUUUGCUCGCUAUUUAUGCAGCCAAGAUCAUGGGUGUACCUGUGAUUGGGUACCUGUUUUGGACUAUUUCUGAUAACUGGGAGUGGGCAGAUGGGUAUGGUCCCAAGUUUGGACUUGUAGCAGUUGAUCGUGCCAAUAGUCUUGCCCGGAUUCCUCGUCCUUCGUACCAUCUAUUUACUAAGGUGGCGACAACGGGUAAAAUUACACGGGAUGACCGUGAAGGUGCGUGGAAUGAGCUCCGUAUAGCUGCUAAAGCACAAAAAACACGACCAUUUUAUCGGCAAGUUAAUAAACAGGGUCUGAUGUACGCAGGAGGCCUCGAUGAACCGAUACAGCGACCCUUUGUUGAAAGAGAUUGGCGAUUUGGUCACUAUGAGAUGGAAGGUCUUCAGGACCCCUUAAGUCGCUUCUCAAGAUUCAUUCUCCGGCCUUUCUCCCUCAUAAGGAAACCUAAAAAACACAACUCGUUUUCGAGCAAGUCGAAAACUAAGAACCCUGCUGCAAUGGAGGAGUAUCUUUUGUGAUUCUCCCUUAAUUUUGGGCCAACACUGUUAUCUCAUCAACUUAUCAUGGAUUGGUUCCUGUAAUGGACAUAAAUUUCAUUAGACAUUAGUUGUAAAUAAGAACUACAGAUUUCUGGAGUGACCCAACUAGGGAAAUUAAUCACGUAUGUUUAAAGAAAUACUUUUUGGCUAUGUUGCACCGAUACUCCUAACUUGGAGGGGUAUCCUCAUUAUUUCAUAUUCAUGACCCAUUCUUAUCAA